UUUCCCACACACCCCCACAUGACCCCAGGGGGUCAGUUCUGUUAGGAUCCCCCCAUUUUCUGAAGUGGGGAGUCAAACUGGGGUCUGCCUACAGCCCCUACUCACACCCACCUCUUGCCAUGGAGGGGGCUGGGCUCCAUGGCCAUGUGAACUGUGGCCUUCCUGGUAUCCUCACCCUGCCAGGGCCUCCUUUGGGCCUCUCAGUGCCUACAUGUCCCCCCAUUAUGGCCCCUGUCACUAGCCCCAUGUGCCUCGGGCUGACCUUUCCUAUAUCCCAGGGCCACGGCGAGGUCCAUUGGGGUGUAGCCAGAGUCUGCCUCAGUGGUGAGAUCAGCUCCUCGGGCUGCAAAGCAGAGCAGACACUGCAGAGAGGGCUGGGCCUGGGGACCAGGAGCCCGGGUGGGGCACGGAGACUCGGGAGGUCCAGUCACUACCCACUAUGCAGCCACAGGUCUCCUGGUUGCUGUGUGGUCUUGGACAAGAGCCUGACCUCUCUGAUGAAUGUGGCCAAUAGAAUCUCCACCUCCAGGGUCUCUGAGACACAGCACCAGCAGACUCAGCUGAGACCCUGGCCCGCCCUCGAGUCCCCACGAAGCCCCCAGCCGGGCUGGGACGCACCCACUCAAGCAAGAAGCGGACGGUCUCGAUCUCUCCAAAGGCGGAGGCCCAGAUGAGGGGGGUGAAGCCUCGCUCGUCCGGCUUGUUGAUGAGGGUGGAGAUGGAAGACACAUUCAAGGACACAAAGACAGAAGUCCCAUCUUGGGCCUGACAUUCCACCAUUUUUGCAUCCCAGAAGCAGGAGUCCAGGGUUUUUCCCAGACGGAGCCAAUGGGCUCCACCUUCGGACAGACGGCGUCCCCGUCCAUAACAAUGUCUCCUGUUUGGUCCUGGGGGCUCAGGAGUAUGUGCAGGGAUUUGGUAGCAGCAGAGGGGUACAAGAAGGGAGUUUAUACGGCCCGAAGUGGGCAGUGUGUGGAGUAUUCCCCCAAUUUGCCCCCGGAAAAGGGGUUCGGUAAAGGAGGGCGCCCUUCCCACUCCCCCGCCUGAGCGUCCCUCCUGGAGCUUCAAGGGGUUUCCGGCCCCUCUUCACCCACCUGCCGAUUGCCUCUUUCCCCAGUCUCUAACUCACGGCCCUUCUCCUGUCUGGGUAGACUAAAUAUCGAGGCGGGCAGGCCAAUGAGUAUCGGAACUGGAGAAAUGCGGUGCCCCAGUUUCCCAGGGAUGGUUUAGGCAGCUGUUUCCACCACCAGACUUCCGGUUCCUGUUCUCGGAAUAGGGCCGCAGCCACUAUGGAGGAACCGGAGAUGCAGCUCAAGGGGAAGAAAGUAACAGACAAGUUCACUGAGAGUGUCUACGUCCUGGCCAACGAGCCAUCCGUGGCCCUGUACCGGCUGCAGGAGCACGUGCGCCGCUCUCUGCCCGAGCUGGCCCAGCAUAAGCGCCGUGAAGAACCUUGUCGACAGCAGCGUCUACUUCCGCAGCGUGGAGGGCCUCCUCAAACAGGCCAUCAGCAUCCGAGACCACAUGAACGCCACAGCCCAGGGCCACAGCCCCGAGGAGUCGCCCCCGUCCUCCUCAGCCUGAUCCCGGAAGAGACUUGGAGGUGCUUUGGCCCCUCUGACUCAGCCCGACCAAAGCUUGGACCCUUGGACACAGCCUUGUGGGACUUGGCAGGGACAGAAGACCAAGUCCUGGCCCGGGGAAUCGAACACCCCAGCCCCCGGACUCCCGCUGUCCUGUCACAGUGCCUGCUCCAGGUGGCCACUGUGCUCAUAUCCAUCACUGUAGAUUCAGCACGCACAGCCACCUCCCCCCAGCAGUUCCGGUCACGGUCACGCCAACAUCUGGAGAAGGGGCCGCCAGACCAAGGACACUCCACCCAGCCUGGGACAAUGGGGAGGAAGAAAAUUCAGAUCUCACGCAUUCUGGACCAAAGGAAUCGGCAGGUGACAUUUACCAAGCGGAAGUUUGGGCUGAUGAAGAAGGCCUAUGAACUAAGUGUACUCUGCGACUGUGAGAUCGCCCUCAUCAUCUUCAAUAGCGCCAACCGCCUCUUCCAGUACGCCAGCACGGACAUGGACCGUGUGCUACUGAAGUACACAGAGUACAGUGAGCCCCAUGAGAGCCGCACCAACACCGACAUCCUCGAGACACUGAAGCGGAGGGGCGUGGGCCUUGAUGGACAAGAGCUGGAGCCAGAGGAGGGGAUUGAAGGGCCAGGAGAGAAGCUGCGGAGGCUGGCAGGUGAUGGGGGUGACCCAGCCUUGCCCCGACCCCGGCUCUAUCCAGCAGCUCCCACUAUGCCCAGCCCUGACAUGGCAUAUGGGGCCCUGCCCCCACCAGGCUGCGACCCCAGUGGGCUUGGGGAGGCCCUGCCUGCCCAGAGCCGCCCAUCCCCCUUCCGUCCAGGAGUCCCCAAAGCUGGCCCCCCAGGCCUGGCGCACCCUCUCUUCUCAGCAAGCCACCUCGGCAGCAAGACACCACCGCCCCUGUACCUGACAGUGGAUGGGAGGAGGCCAGACCUGCCUGGUGGCCUCGCUGGGGCCCGAGGGGGACUGAGCACCUCAAGAGGCCUCUAUGGUAGCCUGCAGAGUCCGUGCUCCACUGCCACCCCGGGACCCCCACUAGGGAGCUUCCCCUUCCUCCCUGCAGGUCCCCCAGAAUAUGGCCUGGGAGACCCCCCUCCACCCCCAGGCUUGCUGCAGCCCCCCACCCUGGCCCCCUGGCAGCCCUCCAGGGGUGAUGGGUCCCCGGCCACCCCCGCCCAGCCCAGUGGGGGCCGCAGCCUGGGCGAGGAAGGCCCCCCAGCCCGCGGCGCCUCCUCGCCCACCCCACCAGUCAGCAUCAAGUCCGAGCGCCUCUCGCCGGCCCCUGGAGGCCCCGGCGACUUUCCAAAGGCCUUCCCCUACCCCUUGCUCCUGGCCCGGCCCCUGGCAGACCCCCUACGGCCUGGGCCCCCGCUGCGCCGGCUGCCCACUACCGAUGGCUGGCCCCGGUAGUAGGCCCGGGGGUGGCACCGAUUCUGCCCCUCACACCAGGCGGGGUGAGGGCACAUGGGGUCCCAACCUUCCUCCCUGCGUCCU